GCCGCGCUACCGGUCAGAUCUUAAAAGGCCGGGCAGUGCGUGUGGCAUCCCGACAGAACUGGAGAGGAGCAAGUGGCAGUGCUGGGUGUUGGGACCGUGGCUGUCACUGCGCUGGAGCAUCCCUGAGCUUUUGAACAGAGCCGACUAGUCAGCAGUGCAGCAGCCGCAACUCCACGCCGCUCUCAUCUGUCUCGUGUCUCCGCUCAGGCGAUCCUUCCUCCGAGACUCCGCACAAAGCACAUUUUCCAAAGCAGUGCAAGGGAGCGCCCAGCCGCGUGCAGGCGGACGCACCCUUCCUGUCCUUUGUUCCGGGGGGAUCUGCUGCUGCUCUUCUCCCCAAGUCGGAGUCUUUCCUCCAGGGGUGGCGGGUCGCCGAAUACAGCUACGAAGAUGCCGUUGGAACUGACCCAGAGCCGGGUACAGAAGAUCUGGGUGCCCGUCGAUCACCGACCCUCGUUGCCCAGAUCCUGUGGGCCGAAGCUGACCAACUCCCCAACCGUGAUUGUGAUGGUGGGGCUCCCAGCCCGGGGUAAGACUUACAUCUCCAAGAAGCUGACUCGCUACCUCAACUGGAUAGGUGUUCCAACGAAAGUGUUCAAUGUGGGAGAGUAUCGGCGUGAGGCUGUGAAGCAGUACAGCUCUUACAACUUCUUCCGCCCUGACAAUGAGGAAGCCAUGAGAGUCCGAAAACAGUGUGCCUUAGCUGCCCUGAGAGAUGUCAAAAGCUACCUGACAAAGGAAGGUGGACAGAUUGCAGUUUUUGAUGCCACCAAUACAACUAGAGAAAGAAGGCACAUGAUCCUUAAUUUUGCCAAAGAAAAUGACUUCAAGGCAUUUUUCAUCGAGUCGGUCUGUGACGACCCUACUGUUGUGGCCUCCAACAUCAUGGAAGUUAAAAUCUCCAGCCCGGAUUACAAAGACUGCAACUCAGCAGAAGCCAUGGACGACUUCAUGAAGAGAAUCAAUUGCUAUGAAGCCAGCUACCAGCCUCUUGACCCUGAUAAAUGUGACAGGGACUUGUCACUCAUCAAAGUGAUUGAUGUUGGCCGGAGGUUCUUGGUGAACAGAGUGCAGGACCACAUCCAGAGCCGAAUUGUAUACUACCUGAUGAACAUCCACGUGCAGCCCCGUACCAUCUACCUGUGUCGGCAUGGCGAGAAUGAGUACAACUUGCAGGGCAAGAUUGGGGGCGACUCAGGCUUGUCCAGCAGAGGCAAGAAGUUCGCCAAUGCCCUGAGCAAGUUCGUAGAAGAACAGAAUCUGAAGGACCUCCGUGUGUGGACCAGCCAGCUGAAAAGUACCAUUCAGACCGCGGAGGCCCUGAGGCUCCCCUACGAGCAGUGGAAGGCACUCAACGAGAUCGAUGCUGGUGUGUGUGAGGAACUAACCUAUGAGGAGAUCAGAGAUACCUACCCUGAGGAGUACGCACUGCGUGAACAGGACAAGUACUACUAUCGCUAUCCCACGGGAGAGUCCUACCAGGAUCUUGUCCAACGCCUGGAGCCUGUGAUCAUGGAAUUAGAGCGCCAAGAGAAUGUAUUGGUCAUCUGUCACCAGGCUGUUCUACGCUGCCUACUAGCCUACUUCCUCGACAAGAGUGCAGAGGAGAUGCCAUACCUGAAAUGUCCGCUCCACACUGUCCUGAAACUGACACCUGUGGCAUAUGGGUGCCGGGUGGAGUCCAUUUACUUGAAUGUAGAAUCGGUGAGCACACACCGGGAGAGGUCAGAGGCUGUCAAAAUACAACACUUUGCCAGUGUAGUCAGACCUUCCUCUUACACCGAACUUGACUUUCAGUCUGUGGAGUCCGCAAAACAGGAUGCAAAGAAGGGACCUAACCCGCUCAUGAGACGCAAUAGUGUCACCCCACUAGCCAGUCCCGAGCCCACCAAAAAGCCUCGCAUCAACAGCUUUGAGGAGCGUGUGGCUUCCACUUCUGCUGCCCUGCCAAGCUGCCUGCCCCCGGAAGUGCCCACGCAGCUGCCCGGACAACCUUUGCUAGGGAAAGCCUGUCUACGAAGUGUCUGUCACAUUUUUUCAAAGUUUUCUCCUUACUAACCUGGGAAAGAACAUGAAGAGCUCCCGGAGCGGUGCCGACUCUUCCCAGAAGCACUAAAGCCGAGAUGUGGGUUCCAUUCCAUUUCCACAGCCUGCCUUGUGCCUGCUCAUCUUCUCGAGGCCAAGUGAUCGCAAGGACUUCUGGACUCGGGAGAAUGGAGGUCGGCAUGUUGAAGAGUAGAAGCCCUUCCCCCCACUGAAAUGUUGGGGUGGCAAAGACAACUAGGAAGUUGUACAGAUCCCAGCUUCCUGUGUAGAGCAGCAGACCUUCCUACGCUCUGUUCUCUUUCGACUUCCAGGGCUGUCUGACCUCUCAGGCCCUUCCAAAGCUUGGGGAGGGCUAUAGUUCUAGAGGAGGUGAGAUCAGACCCCUAAGUGGGGGCCCUGGACACCGCCACGCUGUUUUGUUUUGUUUCUUUGGAUCCUGGCCUGGCAUGUCGAUAGUCAGAAGAUAAGAGUGGCAGGGAACCCUGAGAUUCAGAGUUAGACCCCACUUGCCAGAGGCUCAGGGACAAGUUGCACAUUCUCAUGUGGCUUUUAUGCAUCUUGGCCUAGGAGGAGGCCUCAGAGACAAGAGGCUUGGGCAUUGCUGCAUUGGGUAUGGGAUUUCUCCUCCUGAGGAAACCUUGAGCUGAGGCCUACUGGUCAGCUGAGCAAUGACUUGCCCUGACUCCUCUACAGGUCCACAUGUCUUCUGGGUCCCAAGUUAAGGGACAGACUGGUUGUAUCAGUGGAAGGAAGGAUUUUUCAGAAAAAAAUAACCAGGGCUCCCCUCUUCCCAGAGUCCCUUAGGCCUUCUGUUCUUCACCUUGGGCCUGGAGGCACCUGAGUAGAUUCUGUUGUUGGCUGUUUGUUUGCACUUUUCCUUCUUUCUUUCCUUCCUUCCUUCCUUCCUUCCUUCCUUCCUUCCUUCCUUCCUCCCUCCUUCCUUCUCUUCUUCUCUCCUUCCUUCCCUCCCUCCCCACACCUCACUUCAAGAACCUAGGGUGCUGGCCCUUGGAGGCUUGCAGCUUCUGAAUGGGAGGAGUUGGGGUGUCUUUAAGAUGGGGAGUCUAAGAGCCUUCAACUUCACUCCCAUUGUUCAAGAAGGGACGGUGGCCCAAGGAAGGCUCAUGUCAGGCCGCCUGCUCAGAGCUGUCCGCAUAUUUUGGCCAAGUGUCUGCUGCUGUAUGCCUCAUACCACCAUGCUGGCCAUCUUGAGGAGUCACCCCCAGUGUAGAAAAGCAUCCUUGUCGGCUUUAUGGCAUUGGCGACAUUUUUGCAUGGGUUGAAAAGUAGCGCUAAUGUCUUUGUCUUCCUGUUUCUCCCCUUUGUCCACCCAUGUUCUGGGGGAGGACGGGACAUCCCAAGCCUGGAAGCAACCAAUGGGAAACUCAGCAGUGUCAGCCCAAAGGACCCUUUAUGACGAUGCUGCACAACUAGGGCCGAAGGUCACUCUUUACUUUCUGCUUCCUUCCUGGGAGUCCUAGGGAUCCUCUCUUCCCCAGCUCAGGGGACAACAGAUCCUGGGGUGACACAGGGCAUGCUUCAGACACUUUAAAGUCACCUUGUGUUUUCAUAGCUAACUACUCAAACAUUUGGCCCAGCCCACUACCCUUUAUAUCUGUGGUUCACCAGGAUAUAGAUAGAUGAUAGAUAGAAAGAUAGAUAGAUAGAUAGAUAGAUAGAUAGAUAGAUAGAUAGAUAGAUAGAUGAUAGAUAUCUCCAUCUGAAGACUUGGACUUUUUUCUCUAUGGCUUGAGUCUUGACAAGGAUAUAUGAACUGCAGACGUGGGCUGACAUGUGUGCAGGCUGAUAAUAUUUUUGGACCUGAAGAUCUGCAGCGUUGAUUUGGGGGAUAGGGUUGGGGGUGGGGUAGGGAACAGGAUAAGAACUGUGUAGCCCAAACUAGCCUCAAACUCAUGGCCGUCCUCCUGUCUCAGCCUCUCAAAUGUUAGCUGUUCGGGUUAUAAGCAUGAGCCACCACCACACCACGCCUGGUACUAUGGCUUUGUACCUAAAUGUGGUUUCUUCGAUGCUUCCUCCUGACCAUAUCCAUUUUAUGGUUAUAGAACCAGCUUUUACAACAUAGAGACUCUCAAGGCUGAGACAGGUAGGGGUGGUCAUGUGUGACCAGCCUAAGUCAAUACAUCAAGAGAAAGCUUUGCCCAAUGUGAUUUCACAUUCUGUGAACACCUAUGAAUAAGAUCAGGCCCAGGAGAUCUUGAUGCGGGUGGAACAUGCAUCCUUCAAAAGCCAGUGACUUGGUGGAUGGGGUGGGUAGCACCCAUAGAACUUCCACUCUCCCACCCAAAACAGCAAAAUAAAAUGGGGACCAAUGUUUUUAACGUUGCAUAUUUGUUUUGGGGGUAAAUUUCUCCCCUUUCCUUCAACAAUGGGCACUACCCUUGAUUUAUGGGGAGAAGAAAAACUGUUGGAACCACACCAAUGAUAUUUUCAUUUGUAAUACUUGAAGUUUAUUUUUUUAUUAUUUUGAUAGCAGAUGUGCUAUUUAUUUAUUUAAUAUGUAUAAGGGAGCCUAAAACUAGAAAGCUGUCUAGAUUGGCUUUAAUUGUUCAUUGGUUUGGGGCCUUUCAAUGUGUGACUGAUGACUUCUUCAUGUUCUGUGUCAUUGUCUCUGUCCGUGACCUAGGAAGAAGCUUUGCAAGCUUUUUAACAGGACACGCCUUCCUUUCAGACAUCUGUGUAGUUUGCAGUUGCAAGAACAAUAAAAACCUGGUUGAGAUACACCUGCGGGACUCGCUUCUCAGGUUUUUGCGGAGAACAAGUGUCAGUUUUCUUUCUAAGCAUUUAGUGCGUGGUUGUGUGUGUGUGUGCGUGCGCAUCAGUGUGUGUGUGCCAGCUCAUACAUGUGCACGGGGGUUCACACAUGUAGGGGUCAGAGGACAGCUUGACAGGAGUCCAUCUCUCCCAGCCUCCAGAGAUUGAGCCCAGGCCUCCAGGCUUGUCAGUGCCUUUACUUGAGUCAAUCAUUUUACUGGACCACAGGGUCUUUUAUUGAGAUUUAUGGCCAGCGCAUCUCUCAGCUCCUUGCAGAACCCUGUUUUAUCUUCCUUUAAAUAAGAAACAACAGAUUGUCAAGUUUGUAUAUUUAGGAAAUAUAAUAAAAUGUGUUAAUUUUAAA